AUGAGGCCGUUGCGAGUGCCACUUGCCACGUUGGCCCGCCUCGCUCGUUUCUACGCGGGAGCAGCCCCUACCCCGGAAGCAGGAGCAUCGGUAGGGCGGGGCUUCAAGGGGCCGCAGAACAUCGGCCCUGGUCGCAGCGGCCCGCAGCACCAGCAGGCGAACCCGUACAAGUCGUGGGAGCAUAUGAACCAUAAGUGGCUUAUCAUGAUGUGCGUCGGCUGCCUUGCAGGAGGCAUCGCCGCUGGUCAAGUGGUGGAGGUGGAUGAGAGGGAACUUCGGCCCCCCUUCUUGAAGGAGGCGGUGUUGGCGGAUGUCGCGAAGACAUUUGACUUCCGCCCCGACCUCGCGGCUACAGGCAUCCGCGUUGCAUUUAUCCUCGCCGCCCGUCGCGCUGGACUUGCGGUGGACUCUAUCGAUGACUCGUGCGCUGUUGCGAGCGGCCUCGAGGACAUCGCCGGGGUGCUGCGGCAUCUCUCAACGGUGUACAGCAUCUCCACGGAGGACGCCGCCUCCCUGGUGGCGCUCGCGGCGGUGAAGUACUUGCAAGGGCCGUGCGAAACUAUUGGGACCGUCUGGCGGUGGGGCCGCAAUGACACGGAUGAAGCUCCGCCGCGGAAGAAAGGCGCCAGUGACUCUUCGUGCGCUACGCUGCCAGCGUUUCUUGAGAGGCUUGGCGGCCUCACCGACGCAGAGUGCGUUGCGCUGAUGGCGUGUCAUAGUGUAGGGGAGUUCCACGAGCAUGUGAGUGGCCUUGACGGCCUAUCCCACAUUGGCAGCCGUUAUAACUUGAGUAAUGAAUACUACAAGUUCCUUCUGGCGAAUGAAAAGAAAUUUGUCGAGUUUGAGGUUCCUCGUACGGAAGAGAACAAAUCCAUCCAGCACCUUCCAAAGGAUUUUGUGUGUGUUUACGCACCGACAGCGAAGAAGGGGAAGAAGCAGCAGUGUGUGUUUAAUCGUCGCGAAGUGGACGCAAUGCUGCAGAACAAAACCUGGCGAAAGUUUGUGGAGCAAUACGCAGUGGAUGAGGCGGCGUGGUCUCAGGCGUUUCAGUCGGCCUUCACAAAGAUGAUAGACGGCAAUUUUAAGCGUCUUCGCCCCUACGGCACAUCAGCGGAGUGA